CAUGUUGUCAGGCCCCGCCUACACACUGGCUCUCGACUCACACCCUGCAGGCGGAGAAAUAUUUCAGUGGAGUUGUCAGUGUUGUGCUGGAAGAUGUCGGAAGAUCUGGAGGACUUUGUGAAGGGAAACCCGGAGCUGAACUCGCUCCCGGAGCGGAGUGCGGUGGUGAUAGAAGCCCUCGGGCUGCUGAGAAACAGAGUGGAGGAGGACGGCGGUCAUUCGUCCAAGGGACUGUCCGAUGAGUUCCUGAUCCGCUUCCUCCGAGCCCGGGACUUCUGUAUAGAGCUGGCGUACAAGUUAUUGAAAAACUACCAAAGGUGGAGGAAGGAAUGUCCGGAGAUUACUGCAGACCUGAAGCCAUCUCUUCUCCUUAACCUGUACAAUGCUGGCUACCAUAGUGUCCUAAGGUCAAGGGAUGCGUAUGGCAGUAAAGUUCUUAUUUACAGGAUUGAUAAGUGGGACACAAAGCAAUUUACUGCAUAUGAAGUGUUUCGAGUAAGCUUGAUAACCUCUGAGCUUUUAGUAAAAGAUGCAGAGACGCAACGGAAUGGCAUUAAGGCUAUAUUUGACUUGGAAGGAUUUGGACUUGCCCAUGCAUUUCAAGUCUCCCCAACUUUGGCUAGAAGAAUAGCUUCAGUUAUGACAGACUCUUUCCCUCUUAAAGUUCGUGGAAUACACUUCAUAAACGAGCCUUUAUUCUUCUACCCAGUAUAUGCCUUAAUCAGGCCGUUCCUACCUGACAAGAUCAAAGAACGGAUUCAUAUGCAUGGUAGCUAUUACAUACCAACUCUACACCAGCACUUUUCUGAGAAUAUCCUACCUCCAGAAUAUGGUGGAACAGGACCCCCAAUCAUGGAUCUCUGCAAAGAAUGGACUGAUUGCAUCAUGGAUUCUGAGGAUUACCUGCUCAGUAUAUCGGAGAAAGUAUAACUUUCUCUAAAUUAUGCACUUUGUAUAUAACAGUCCCUGUGGGGAAAUAAGCUAGUUAUAUAUUUACUGUGAUUUUUAAUUUUUAACCAGCUUAAACUAUGGUUAUGGAAUGGUACGGGAAUAUAGUAAUCCAGCAGCUAAUUCAACAGAACAGAGAAUUCAGUAACAUGUAUGUACUGUAUAUUCCAGGAUUACCUGGAUGAACAUUCUGGGUAGCACCAAAUGAUCACAAAUAUUCCUAUUCCUUAAGUGGAUAUAUAGGAACAAAAACGCCCAUGGGAUAGCAGAGAUGCCUGUAGGUGGGUGGAGUCUUCAAAAGGACAAGAAUGUAGAAAUAAUAUUUCUGAAAAAGUGUAGGCCUCUUUUUU